UCCGAGCCAAACGUUGCGCGAUCGUGGAUCGGCGGUUGAUUGUAGGUGCGUGUGUUAGUGAGUGAAUCAAGUGUAUUGCUAACCACGGUCCAAGAGGUUUCGCAGGCAGCGUUUUCGAAACACCGAGUGUGAAGAUCAGUUCCUUUUUUUUGUUUGUCUCAAGUGACCAAACGUGAUCCGCGUCAAGAUGGCUAGUGAGGUGCAAAACUUCUACAAAAACAAGUACAUCUUUCUGACCGGUGGCACAGGCUUCCUCGGUGUUGCCAUCAUCGACAAGAUUCUGCGCACUGCUCCCGAGGUUGCUGGCAUCUAUCUGCUGAUGCGCCCAAAGAAGGGUAAAGCGAUCCAGGAACGGCUGCAGGAUCUUACAAAAAACUCGGUUUUUGAGCAACUGCUCGAAACCCAGUCGGCCGACAUCUUCAAGAAGCUCAUCCCGGUGUCGGGCGAUGUGGGCGAAAACUUUCUCGGACUGUCGCAGGAGGAUCAGGCGAUGAUCGUGGCAAACACCAACGUCGUCAUCCAUUCGGCCGCUACCCUCGACUUUCAGGCUACGCUACGGCCAACGGUCAACAUCAACCUGCUCGGCACCAAGCGCGUGCUGGAGCUGUGUACGAGGAUGAGAAAUCUGAAGAGCAUGGUGCACAUAUCCAGUGCGUACGUUAACUCGUACCUGACGGAGGCCGAGGAGAAGCUGUACCCCUGCACGGAAACCGCACAGAAGGUGGUCGAUCUGGUGGACACGCUGAACGAUUCGGCACUGGAUGAGCUGCUGCCGAAACUGCUGAAGGAUCAUCCUAAUGCGUACACGUUCACCAAGCAGCUGGCGGAGCAUGAGGUCAACAAGCAUGCGGUCCAGUUCCCGUGUGCGAUCAUUCGUCCGAGCAUGAUCACCGGUGCGUGGAAGGAACCAACACCCGGCUGGACUAUCUCCAAGAACGGACCGCAAGGUUUCCUGAUGGGCGCUUCCAAGGGUGUCAUCCGUCGGCUGCCGGUCGGUGUGGAUCUCGUGUACGACUACAUCCCGGUCGAUGCGGUAGUGAACCAAACGCUCGUGCUGGGCUGGUACAUGGCCACGAACAGCUUCCGCGAGGUUAAAGUGUUCCACUGCACCACCAGCACGUCGAACCCCUUCAAAUGGCGCUCGGUCGUUGAUCAGAUGAACGACUAUCUGCACAAGUACCCGCUGAAAUCGGCCAUCUGGUACCCACGGUUGAAGUUCGUCUCGAGCCUGUGGGUGUACAAGCUGGCCUCCAUCUUUGUGCACAUUCUGCCGGCGCUGGUGCUCGACUUUAUCCUACGGAUUUCGGGUGGUCGUCCAAUGUUGAUGCGGCUCCACACGAACGUUUGGGACUCGCUAAACCGGUUGGAAAAGUUCAUCUUCACCGAGUGGAAGUACCACAAUCCAGCCACCCAGCAGCUUGCCCAAUCGUUGCCGGAACAGGACAAGACACUGUUCAACUUUAACGUGUCGCAGCUCCAGUGGCCCGAAUACUUUGUGCACCUUACCCAGGGUGUCCGCCGGUACCUGAACAACGAGCAUCCGAAGUCUCUCGAUGCCGCUCGCAGGAAGGAUAAAGUACUCUUCAUCGUGGACAUCGUGUUCCAGGUGUUGAUCUUCGCGCUGGUCGGAUGGUUGUUUACUGCGGUGCUUGGAGCGUCCGGUAGCUCCUUCUGGUUGUAUGGUGCCGGGUGUUAUCUACUCUUCAAUCUGCUCUAGAUUGAAGGUGUAUCGGAUGACGUACUACAUUGCAUUUUGCUCUACUCGAUCGAAGUUGUUGAGGUCAUCAUUGAUUUACUCACUCUCUUGCCCCUCUUUCAGUUCUUCCAAGCGAUUGUCUAGCGAGGUCUUGCCCCAAAUUUUCAUAGCUAAUACAGCGGCACAGUAAGAUAGCGAAGGAAGCACUCAUUACCUUCUUUAGCUAGCGAUAGAGAUAGAGGUGUCACCAGCGGUAUUAGGGAUUAGUGUUUCGUAUUUUCUUUCUUUUCCCUCGAACGAUACAUGUUAGUGAAGGUAAGACCAAUGUAGUAGGGGGGCGUAUUACUCCAUUUUUCUGUUUUGUUUUGUGGUUUAGGAUGGUUGGAACAAUGCUGACUGGAAUUAAUUAUAAUAAAGAAGGACAAAAAAAACACUCCA